UUAGUUUACGACUCUUGUAUGGUUUGCAAACUGUUAUACGAGAGUGUAGGUUUAACAAAUACAUCUAUAUAGUUGUCUGCGUGUUGUUUUGUUACGGAAAAAAACAAUAUAUAUAGAUGCAAUGUUAAGGAGUUAUAUGCAUACAUACUUAUUAUAUGAGAUGUCAUUUCUUCACUAGGCCUCCAAAAUUUUCUUAUUAUUUGAUUUGAUUGCCCCCGAAUUUACGCCAUGGUGCCGCCAAGCGAGAUCAACGCCGAUAACCUAAUAUGCGACAUAAAAUUGUCGACGGUGGUGCCGGCGAGCAUCACUCCGGAGGAUAAGAUCCACCACCUAACGGGCGCGGACCUAGCCAUGAAGCUCCACCACAUAACCACCGUCCAUUUCUUCGGCGGAGAUGCGGCGGAGGGUUUGAGCAUCGAGGAUUUUAAGAGGGCCAUGUUUCAGUGGCUGCAGCUCUACUACCCUAUCUCCGGCAGAAUCAGGCGCCACGACGGCGACGGAGGAAGGCCGUUCGUCAAAUGCAACGACAGCGGCGUCCGGAUUGUGGAGGCGAAAUGCGCGAAGACUGUUGCCGAGUGGCUGGCGAGUGUCGACGGCGGCGAUUAUCACCGCCGGUUGGUUUACCAUCAGCCUCUCCUCGAUCGUGAUUUCGGAUUCACGCCGCUCGUGUUUCUGCAGUUAACAAGGUUCAAAUGUGGAGGAGUAUGUGUGGGAAUGAGGUGGACCCAUAUCCUUGGAGAUGCAUUCUCAGCUACAGAGUGCAUCAACACGUGGGGGAAGAUCAUGGCCAAUCAGAAACUGCCACCUCACUCUCUCGACAGUCCUCCAAUCACCCCCCGCCACGUCGGACCGAUGAUGACAUCCUCGUUUUGCCACUCCCUUAAACCGUUGGAUUCCCUCGGAGACAACUGGCUAACUCCAAACAACUUCAAAAUGCAAACUCACACUUUUCACAUCACACAGAAACAGCUGAACUCUUUGCUGUCCGAAGAUCGGAACAAGUGUAAUAAGAUUACGAUAAACCCUUUCGAAGUGAUAUCUGCGAUCGUGUGGAAAUCGAUGGCCAAAAUUAAGGAGACUAAGAUAAUCACUGUGUGUAAAAAGGGGAAAUUUGAUAGUAGUAUUCUUGAAAAUAAGUUUCUUGGUAAUACACACCAAGUGAUUGGGACUGUCGAAGCUGAGAAUACGAGCCUAAUUGCGGAUUCCGAUCCGAUUGAGAUAGCUAAGAUGAUUGGUGAAGAGUUUGUGGAUGAAACGAGCUUGAUCGAGAAACGAAUGGAGGAAGGAGAUGGGAAUGUUGAUGUGUUGGUUUACGGUGGGUCGAAUCUUACGUUUGUCGACUUGGAAGGAGUGGAUUUGUAUGGGCUGGAGAUGAAUGGACAAGGCCCGGUUUUUGCUGACGUAAGCAUUGGUGGGGUGGGCGACGAAGGGGCGGUUGUGGUGGUCCCGAAUGCGGGGCAACAAGGGAGAAUUGUGAAUGUGAUUCUGCCUGAGAAUCAACUCCAGCUCUUGAAGGACGCGCUCAGGUCGGAUUGGGGCCUUUUCUAGUGUGUGCGCUCGCGCGCGCGUGUGUGUAUGUGUGUGAUUUUUCGUACUGUAUUUUGCGUGUAUUAUAUAUACGCAUGUAUUUCCCUAUUUGAAUCACAAAGAACUAUCUAUAUCUGUAAUUUACAUUCUGGUUGAUCUGUAUGAGCACAUUUGUACUAGCAAUAUAUAAUAUUAAUUAAGCAUGCAUGUUUACAGUUUAAACAGUA